UCUUUCCCAUAAAUCGGAUUAUCAAUCAAUACAUAAACACCUAAAAGAAAAAUAAAGAAGUAGGAGAGAGAUGGGAAACAGCUUAAGGUGUUGUAUAGCUUGUGUGCUUCCAUGUGGAGCACUAGACUUGAUCAGGAUCGUUCAUCUAAACGGCCACGUUCAGGAGAUCACACGGUCAAUAACCGCCGGAGAGAUUCUCCAAGCAAACCCAAACCAUGUCCUAAGCAAACCAUGUUCUCAAGGAGUUGUCCGCAAGAUCUUGAUCUUGUCCCCUGAAUCUGAGCUCAAGCGAGGAAGUAUCUAUUUUCUUAUUCCUGAUUCUUCUUUGCCGGAGAAGAAAAGGAGGAGAAAAGAUAGUCAUCGUCAGAGUAAGACUCUCAACAACAACCCUACCGUUGACGCCCCUAAAGAUGAUGAUCAAUCUGUGAAGUUGUGUACUGAGAAGUACUUAGAAGAAGUUGUGUCGUCGACGUCGACUAGUAAAGAACACCGUCAUCGCCGGCGACAUAGCAGAUCCGCGUCAGUUUCCACGUGGCAGCCUCACCUUGACAGCAUCUCUGAGGAUCUUAAUUAAUUCCUCUUCACUUUUCUUUUUCUUCUAGCUAAUGGUGUUUUUUGUCCGGAAGCCGGAUUUUUAUUUUCCUAGAGAUCAUUUUUAUUUUCUGUUUUGUUUUGUUUGGGGAAAAAAUCUCACGAAAUUAUAUAUUGUGGAUACAAUCUGUUUUAAAUGAUGUUGUAAUUUCAAGCCACUGAGUGAUUAUAUUUCAACCA